CUCAGUUUUUAAAAUGCAUUACUUGCAUGUCUUUGGAUUCCUGGUUAUUUUAGCUGUCUCUGGAUCGACCCUAGAUCAUGAGUUAUCCACCAAGGGACCCAACGCGAUCUAUAAGCCAGCUGAAGAACAGGAUCCUGGGUUGGUGAAUUGGUGGGCUUCCCGGAUGUCCCUCAACCCUUUAAGGGAGCAUUCCCGACCCAAAGAACAAAACUUUACACCAUUUGAGAAGCGUGUAAUUCGGAUUUUAAGAAAACACGGAUUAUUGAAAAGUGAGACCGAAAAAGUUUUGGAUAAGCUGGAAAAUGAUAAAGAACUAUUGAGAAAACUCAAAAAGUUACUCGACGAAGUCGACGCAGAAAAUGAAACGGAUGAUUUCUAUGAAGAUUUUUGGGAUCUCUUAUUCUGAAGAAAUGUACCAAAAUUAAAAUUAAUUGAAAAAAUAUACUGCUUACUUAUAAAGUUUGUUUUGUAUAAAAAAAAUUACACUUUAAAUAGUAGCUUCAAUCACAUUGUUAAGAUACUAAUAAUAAACCAUUUUCUGGUCAACAUAAUAAUAA